AUGGAAAGAUUUAGGGGGUGGGGCCGCGGCGGGCGCUGGAAGCAGCCGAGCGACAAGGGGACAUCGCGUCGCCGGACCUCGAGCAGCUGCCUCGGAGCCACCGGAUGGACCACCUGCCCCGCCUGCCCCACCGUGGCUGAGAGUGACUGGCCCAAAAAGGGCCCCAUGGCCGCCCAGGCCAAGUCCAAGUCCUCCUCUCUAGCAGCUCAGAGAGGAGGAGAAUAUGUGGAGGCUUCCAAGAAAUGGGCUGCCGGCCAGAACAAACAGCAUUGGAUCACCAAGAACACAGCCAAGCUGGACCUGGGGACUGAGGAGCUGCACCACGACUGGGUGACCCUGGAGGUGGGCAAGGUGAUCCCGCAGGGCCGGCAGAGCAAAGGGCUGACGCAGAAGGACCUGGCGACGAAAAUCAACGAAAAGCCACAGGUCGUCGCUGACCGUGAGAGGGGCCGGGCCAUUUCUAACAACCAGGUUCUGGGCCAAAUCGAGAGAGCCAUCGGCCUUAAGCUCCGGGGGAAAGACGUUGGGAAGCCGAUCGAGAAGGGACCAAGGGCGAAAUGA